CCAGAGCUACUACCUAUAUAAAUAUAGCCCAAACAGGAGAGCGCAAAACCCUUCCAUCUCCGAAAGCGCCAGCGGAAGCUCUCAGAAGAAGGCAGCAACAGUAGAGCUAAGCAACAAGGAGCCGCCAUGGGAAAGGUUCACGGAUCUCUGGCUCGUGCCGGUAAGGUGAGAGGACAAACACCGAAGGUCGCGAAGCAGGAGAAGAAGAAGAAGCCACGCGGCCGCGCCCACAAGAGGAUGCAGUACACCAGGCGCUUCGUCACCGCUGGUAAGAACUCUCGUUUUCUUCUUCUACCUUGCUUUUUUGCGCUCUUGUUUUUCGAUUCAGAACUUAGAUGAAGGGAAAUUGGUUGGUGUUCGUAUUCACGAGUGGAUUCAAUUAGGGUUCUGAUGGGACAUAGGAAUUAAGGUGGUUACACUUCGAUUUUGCUGCAUUGCUUACUACUUAAUUAGACUGGAGCUGGUCUUUUCCACUAUUGUUCUGUAUUCUCUCCUUCAAUGAAGGACAUUAGUGCAUAACAUUAGCAUUCUGUUGAACUUAGCUCUGAAGGUGGAAUUAGAGUCCAAUCCUGAUUAAGUCUAGCAUUUUUGUAAACUUGGAUUUAUCUGAUGUUCGCAGUUCGUCCCUGAUGUAUUCGAGCAUGUUCAUUGUUGAACAUGUUGUUUGUGUGAGAAUGUCUCUGUCAUUUUUCGAAUCUACAAUGAAAUUGUUAGGGCUUG